CCUUCUUAGGUCACGUGACGUUACACCGCUCUCUGCUCAGUGGUGGCUACGGCGGUUCGAUGUGGACAAUUCAGUCUGUUUUUCCAUCUAAGCGGCCCGGACUGCAUUGCGCUUUCUUAUCAGUGAGAGAGAGCCCUUGAGUGUCUGGAGCGCGUGAGGGGCCUGCCAGGCGGCUUCCCGCCGGCCUCUGGCUGGAAAAGCAAUUGUCAUGCUGUCUUAUGUACAAAAACAGAUCCAAACUUUACUGUGUUGUAAAGUAAACAGUGCUGCAGUGUAGUGAUAUUUGAUUACAAAAUUAUAGCUGUGCAAAUAUUUCAAAAUGAACAAAAGAACAAGCAGUGAAUCACCUCUAGGGAGAAUGAAUGGGGCAGUGUUCCCAUCUCCAGCUGCUGAGAUGGCAGAAAUUAAUCGAAUUCAGUAUGAUAUUGAGUACACUGAAGGGAUCAGCCAGCGAAUGAGGGUACCAGAAAAAUUAAAGGUAGCUCCACCAACUGCUGAACUUGAGCAAGGCAUCCAAGAAGGACUUCCAAAUGCCAGUGUAACUAUGCAGGUUCCAGAGAGGAUUGUAGUGGCAGGUAAUAGUGAAGACAUUCCAUUUUCCAGACCAUCAGAUCUGGACCUUAUUCAGUCUGCUCCAUUCAAACCUCUGUCAUUGAAAACUCCUCCCCGGGUUAUCUCACUUAGUGAGCGACCACUAGAUUUUCUGGAUCUAGAAAGACCCCCACCGCAGACACCUCAGAGUGAAGAGGUUCGUUCAGUGGGAAGAUCGAAGAGAGAACGUUCUAUGAGUGAAAACGCUGUUCGUCAAAAUGGUCAAUUGGUCAGAAACGAUUCCAUUGUGACAUCAUCACUACAACAGGCUCGUGUCUGUCCUCCUCAUAUGUUACCUGAAGAUGGAUCUAAUAUUUACUCUGCUCGUGGCAUUUUGUCGCUUAUCCAGUCUUCUACUCGUAGGGCUUACCAGCAGGUCUUGGAUGUGCUGGAUGAAAAUCGCAGCUUGGACAAUGAAAAUAGGUCAGUUUCAUUUUCUAACAAGCCUUCAUUUUCUGGUUUUCCUGCAGUAAUGUCAGUUUUGUGUUUCCAGAGCUGUAGGGGAGUGUUUAAAUUUUCAGUACAACCAGAUUUUUAAUUAAAUUUUGAGAAACUUUUUUUAUUUUUGGUACAACUUAAGCUUGGGACCUAAAACUACUGUCCCUUUUAGGUUGACCUGUGUUGGUAGCAACUCCAUAGUUAAGUUAGAGCUGAGAUUUUCAUUUGCAUCCGAAUUAAAAUAACUUUUUCCCACGCUAAUAAUUUUAAUUUUGUCUUUACAUUUGGACCAAUAACUUUUCAGAGGGAAAUUUAAUUUUCCAUAUAAUUUUUAAGGUAAAAUAUUUACAAACAUUUUGCAGAGGAGGCAUUUUAAAAAUGCUCCUUCUCUGAAGUUCUACUCUGUUUUCCACACGCUUCUUUGGAAUCCUUUAGAGUCUAGCUAAAUAAUCACUAUCCCCCACAGAUGACAAAUGUAACAUGCUCACUCAACAUCUCAGAACAGGCUGCUUUUGAAAUGUUUAAAUUGAACAAACAAUUGGUCACCUUAUUUGGCAUAACUGUUUUUAGCAAAGGUAAGAUUAGCUGACAGAACCAUUCAGAUAUGGGAUGAGACCAUAGAGGGGAGAGUAAAUGGGGUUCUGUGGGGCAUGACGAGUUGAGAAGGGCUUUGUGACUUUGGUAGUGUUUGGGAAACCUGCGGUUGACAGGAAGAGGUUUUCUGGAGGUUGGGAGGUGGUAUAUUUAAAGUGGGGAGUUGUAGUUCCAUGGCUGUGCAGGGGGAUAAGGGUCUGGAAGUGGUAGAAACUUAGGGUAUGUCUACACUGCAGUGUAAACCCAGAGUUCGAACUCAGACUCAAGCCUAGCCCCCAUUCCAUAUACAUACAAAUUACAUUAACCCAGGACUCAGACUCAGGGACCAAGCACCUCAUGUGGGUGGAGGGUUGAAGCCUGAGUCAAGCUGGGACCCAGGGUUCAAACCUUAUUGCUUUGCAGUGUAGCUGCAGCCCCACUGGACUCGUGUUCUGGGAGUCCACAAAAGUAUCCCACAGGCCUACUUUCUUUGUCCUUUGGACAGUCAAGUUUGGUGGACAGUCAAGUUUUAUCACUGCACCAUGAACAAAGGGCUAGAGUGGCCACAUUUUGGGAGGGUGCAAGGAAAUCUGGGAUACAGGUGGUGGGACUCAGGCCUGCAUAAUGAAGUGUAGAUACUGGAGCCACAGGCUGGAACCCAAUAAUCAACAAUUCCUAGCCUGGGGUUACAAAUGAGUGUAGAUGCUCAAGCCCUAUGUUAACAAACCCAGGUUCUGCUAACUCAAGUUCUACUAGCCCUGGGCUGACAUUGCAUUGUAGACAUAUCCCUAAUGUGUCUGCCAAGGCAUUAGCACAUUAAGGGCUUUCCUGGUGGUGCUGAAAGGAGCCAGGGGAGAGCAGCUUUAAUCUGAUGCCUGUAGUCUGUCAGUUCACAGCUCCUCUCUGAUGUACUGUAAGCAAUUAAUCAGAGCGGAGCUUCUCACCCAACCCACCUCCAGUUCCCCUGUGGCCCUGCAUCGUUCCCUCCUCACCUUGCUCCCCCCAAAGAUUUCCACAUCAGACUUAAGGCACUCUGACCUGUAAAUCAGCAUUGGUGGGUCAGCAUAGGGAAUCUGACACUUCUGCUACUUUUUUGUAUAUAAAGAGAGGACAUGGAUUUCCAAAGGUGUCAAACCAAAACUUUUAAUGAUAACUACAUUCUCUCUCGCGCGCAUGCGCACACACACUAACACAAACUGAAAGCCAAGACAUUCAUACUUAGUCUGAAUGAAAGACUGUGUCUUAUAUUUUUUUCCUCAACAUCCACGAGUUCACUACUGAAUUAUUGUUAUGGGAUCCCCCAAAAUAUACUCUGCUCCAGACAAAGGAAGAUGAGCUCAGAUGGACCAUUUCAGCCACUGCACUGCUGUCCGUUUUUGCCUCCCCUAUUGUGUUGCGACACUUUGCAGCACGGUUCCCUCCAUGUUCCAUUGUGUUUGCAAUGGAAUAUUGUAAUAUGCUAUGUACAGAUGGCAUGAGGGAUGUGGUUAAUUUUGAUAAUUUAUUAGUAUUAAAUAUACUUAAUGUGGUGACCAAAAUGAUAUCAGCGAGGAAAUUCAAAGUUUUAAAUAAUUUAUGACAAGAGUUACUUCGGUCAUUAAGGAAGCCCAUGUAGAAAGCUAAUAACCAGACUAACUGCCUAUUGUACUCACAGAGCUGUA